AUGAUCACGCAGUCUUUGGCCUCUAUCACUCUCAAAAACUUCAAAACCCUCCUCUCAAAAUGCUCUUCUCUACCGCCCUCCUCUCUCUGCGCGUUUGCCGCCGCCGCUCCUCUCACGCCUUCCGCGGUGAAGACAGCCGUGAGCCCUGACGGCUACACCUACAUCGUCGAAACCGAGCCCUACGUCGAGGACACCUUCACCCGCAGCGACGGCCUCAACGUCACCGUCCUCGUCCACCCCGCCUUCAAGCGCUCCAUCGACAUGGAUGCCGCCGGCCAGUCUGUCAACACCGGCGCCCUCGCCAAGCGUCUUGAGUGGAACGACGGCGCUCAGUACGCCGACUCCUGCCUCGCCUCCUCCUACAUUAAAAAGACCUCGGGCGCCUCGCCCCUCGUCUCCGACUGCGCCUCCAUUCGCGACUACUACGCCCAGCACCACGGCCGCUUCGUCGCCUCAUGGGGUGAUAGGUUCUUCAACCGUGGCUAUUGCCGUCUCGUUAUUACGAAUACUUGUGUGUUUGGUGUCAAGAGCGUUAGUACUUAUAAUGUCAAUGUCGGGAGCAGGGACAUUUCUGAUCUUACGAGGGACUCGAUCAAUAAGUUCCAGGGCAACAAGCGGGUGGGUGCUGAGGGACACAUGAUCUGCAAUGGUUUCCAGCCUACUAGCGUGGACUGGGCUAUUUUUACCAACUAAGGUUGGGGGAUGUGAUGGAGGAGAUUCAGCAGGGAUUCAUCCGGAGAAUGGAUGACUGGGGACAGGAAGCCGGCUUAUGUCUGCUAUCUUGGAGGAGAAAGUGAAGAUGGGGAUGUGCCACUGGACUUGGGCCGUUCAACACACGCGCAGACAGGGUUGGAACCAUGAGUUAAGGAGCGAGUCACGAGAGGAAGGUUGAGUGUUGGACCUGGCUUUGGCCAAGCUAGGUCUGUGUGGAUUUUUACACUUUUUUUGUGAUGGGAUGAACCGGUUGUGGCAUCCCACACUUGAUGAUUUCACGAUGUUUACGAGAACGGGCAGAGAUGGAUUUCGACACACUCUUUUGGAUAUUAUACCCUUCAGUUCGAGAACCGCCAAUAGGGCGAAGAUGCAUAUGCAAAACACUUUACCACUUCGCG